AUGUGUGAAGUUAACCAAACUGAGAUUACAGAGUUUAUACUACUGGGGUUUCAAGAUUUUUACAAUCUUAAAAUUAUAUUAUUCAUGCUGAUUUUAGUAAUCUACAUUGUGAUACUAAAUGAGAAUCUACUCAUAAUUGUCCUGGUGACAACCAGCAACCAUCUCAAGUUUCCGAUGUUCUUCUUCAUAAAACACUUGGCCUUAGCUGACGUGAUAUUUCCUACCAACAUUGUCCCACUAAUGCUGGAUGUUAUAUUAAAAGACAAAAGAGGAGUAUCUGUAGCUGGAUGUAUCACUCAACUACACUUAUGUGGUGUUUCUGGAUUUUCACAAUGUUUUCUUCUCGCCGCGAUGUCAUAUGACCGAUAUGUGGCCAUCCUCAAACCAUUACGCUACAGUUUAAUAAUGAAUCCUAAUGUUUGUCUUGCACUGGUUGCUGGGUCCUGGUUAAUAGUUUUUAUUUUCAUUUCAAGUGGAAUGAUUUUGAUUUGGCAGUUACAGUUUUGUGGUCAGAGUUACAUUAACCAUUUCUAUUGCGAUCUUGGCCCUAUAGUAACAUUGUCCACUUCUGACAUCUCCAGCUUGGUAUUACUUAACUUAUUUACCUCUAUCUUUAUGAUUGCUGUCCCAUUUGUGUUUAUAAUUAUUACUUAUGUUUUCAUUUUCUUUUCCAUUUUAAGAAUUCCUUCCGCAAGUGGCCGGAGAAAGUCUUUCUCUACGUGCAGUUCCCACCUCACCUCUGUCUGCACUUUUUAUAUGUCUAUGCUUUUAGUGUAUGUGAUCCCACCUGAAGAAGGCAAUAUCACCAUAAAUAAGUUCAGAUCUUUGUUAUACAUUUUAAUGACUCCACUAUUAAAUCCCAUAAUAUACAGCAUGAGAAACAAGGAAUUAAGGGGUGCUCUGGGAAAAUUGCUUAAGAAUAAUAGCAUAAAUAACUAA